UAUGUUUUGUAGUACGGCUGCUGAAGAUGGCGUUUAUUAAAGAGGAGAGUGAAGACGUGGAGAUUGAAGAAGCUUUCAGAGUCAAGCAUGAAGAUCCUGAGGAGCAGACAGGUGUGAUGGCACUCAAAGAAGAGAACGAAGAGUUGAAUGUAAUGAACGAGGGAGGUCAACGUGAGAAACAUGACUUUCUGUCACUAGGAAACUCCAUUAAGACUGAAACAUCUUCAUCUGUGGAAACACUUCAGGAGACCGAAUCUAAGGGGCAGUUCACAUGCCUGCAAUGUGGAAAAAGUUUUGGUCAACAUUGUAAGCUCACUUACCACAUGAAAAUUCACUCUGGAGAGAAGCCGUACACCUGUGAGCAGUGCGGAAAGACUUUCAAGUACAAAGGAAACCUUAAAUUCCACAAAAAAGUUCACACCGGAGAGAAGCCUUUCGAAUGCGAGAAGUGUGGAAAGAGGUUCGUUCACAAAGGAAAUCUGGAGUACCACAUGAUCGUUCACACUGGAGAGAGGCCUUUCCCCUGCAACGUCUGCGGAAAGAGGUUUGUUCACAGAGGAAAUCUUAAUCAUCACAUCAGAGUUCACACCGGAGAGAGGCCUUUCACCUGCACACACUGCGGGAAGAGCUUUGGUCAGAACGCCACUCUUAAGACUCACACACUGGUUCACACCGGAGAGAAGCCCUUCACAUGUCUUCAGUGUCAGACCAGUUUCACGUACAGAAGAGACCUGAAGUUUCACACGCAAAAAUGCUGUGCUAAGACAUUGCAGUGCAUUAAGAGCGAGGAGAGCCUUGAAAACGGGAGCAGUUUGAACACUCAUCAACACUUCAACUCUGGAUGAAUUUAAUUUAUUAUUAGUGUAUUGAAGAUGUGUAGCUAGCACACUGCAGAUACAAAGUGAUGCAGAUGUGAACCCAAACUCUUAUUCGGUAUGGCUAGGGGUGUCCGAACUUGGUCCUGGAGGGCCAGUGUCCUACAGAGUUUAGCUCCAACUCCCUCUAACACACCUGCCUGGAAGUUUAUAGUAUACUUAGAAAGAGCUUGAUUAGCUGGUUCAGGUGUGUUUUAUUGGGGUUGGAACUAAAAUAUGCAGGACACCGGCCCUCCAGGACCAAGUUUGUACACCCCUGCUCUAGGCUUUAAAUUGACCUUUUUCAUUCAUUUUCUUUCAACUUGGUUCCUUUUUUUUAUCAGGGGUCGCCACAGCGGAAUGAACCACCAACUAUUUCUGCAUAUGUUUUACACACUCAUACACAAGGGCCAAUUUAGUUAAUCAAUUCCUCUAUAGUGCAUGUGUUUGGACUGUGGGGGAACCGGAGCACCCCGAAGAAAACCCACGCCAACACGGGGAGAACAUGCAAACUCCAUACAGAAAUGCCAACUGACCCAGCCGAGGCUCGAACCAGCGACCUUCUUGCUGUGAGGUGACAGUGCUAACCACUGUGCCACCCAUUCUGUAAUUAAUUAAUUAAUCUCGUCCUUGGGUUCAUUAAUAUGUUUAGGUCACACCUUCAUAGGAACUGUUCUGACACACUGGGAUUUUAUUUCUUUUGGGAGCAUCAUCUGAAGUCUCAAUCGAGGACUGGACAGCUGCUUUUUUGAC